AUGGCCCACAUAUCAGAUAUUAAACUGAUAAGAACAGAUACUACACUUGAUCUUAGCCAAAAGGCCGAGAAAGAUUUUGCCAACCCUCGUGGAUUAGAUGCUAUCGACCUUAAUGAUGAUGAUAUUGAAGAUCGGAGGCAAGAUAGUAUUCAACACUGGCAUUGGAAAGAGGAUGAGAUGCUGAUCAGUGGAUGGUUAAAUGUUUCAACUGACCUUGUAGUUAGUACCGAUCAAAAGGAGGAAACAUUUUGGAGUCGAAUUCAUAGCUACUGUGUAGAAUUUUGCUCCGACAUAAUAAGGGGGGUAGUUGCAUGUAAGAAGCGAUGGUAUAAGAUCAACAAAACUGUUGCACAAUUUGCUGGUUGCUACGAUCAAGCUAGUCGAAACAUAAGGAGUGGGAAAAAGAAAGAGAAGAUGAGAAGGAACAUAGAGCAAAGAUUAUGGCAAUCAAAGAGAAGGAGUUACAAAUUCAAGCGGCAAUGA